UUUUUAUUUUUCAGAUCGAACGUUUUCGGUUCCUACCUAAUUUGAAAGUCCUUAAUCUAGAAGGCAAUCCUUUAGCGCAAGAAUCGGAAUUCUCUCUAAGUGAUUAUAUAGCUGCUAUUCUGCCCAAACUAAAGUAUUACGAAUAUGUGGCUAUUGGAGACGAACAAAGAGAAAGUGCAAGAAGACGCUUCUACCGAGAACUUCGUGAAAUAGAGACCAAUGAAGAAAUGGAGUUACAGGCACGCUCACAAAAGCUAAGAGAAGAGGAGAACGCGAAGAGGUUAUCGGUAAGUUUCGUCGAACACUUAAACGAACACCAACUGUACGAAUCCUUGUGGAAUGGUGACGAGGACGGACGAAUUUUAAUGAUGAUUGGAGAAGCUGCUAACGAUUUGGCCGAAGAGUAUGACAAUGAUAUAUUCGAAUUAACCCAAGAGAUCUACAAGCUAGGCUUAGAAAAGUACGAAGAGCGUCAACGAGAAAUUGACAAAUUUCAUCAAAGUAUCGAACAAGGUCAUCUCGAAAUUCAACAAAUGGGUCACAAAAUCCUUGAAGAUUUCUCGAAAUACAAAGACACUUUAUUCGAAGAAGCUAUUUCUUGCCACAGGAUUAUCGAAGCACGACUGAUGCGUGGCGAUGAUGCCGAAAAUGAAGAAGUCAUCAAGCAAAGGGACACAUUGGAUCGUAUAACCACGCAGUUCGACGAUACGGUCAACAAUGUUUGGCAACAACUGAUGAGUCAAGAAUUGCAGCUACACGAGGCAACAGAAGAAACAACAAUAAAUUUUCAACGAAAAAUGCAAGAAAUGAUAGCAAAGUUUGUGGAACAAGCUCAAACUCAUUUCGGCCAACUGCGUGAUGUUGCGGUACAUUUCUCGGAGAAUCUGAACGAAAUUGUUUCCCGUUUCAUAGCUACAAAAUUGGCAAUGCAGGACAUAAAGAGCAUUCCAGAUCCACUUAGAAUAUGUAUCGAAGAUCGAGAGGCUAUUGGUAAUCUGAUAGCUGGUAUGAAAGAUACACAUACUCAAAAAAUUGAUGAACGAGAAGAUCGGCUAAUACAAAGGAGCAAGGAGUUUGUUGAAAAUAUGAUUUGCGAAUUAAACAAGGAUGAACUGGAGAGAAACCGUGCAAAAAUUUUGGAAAUCAAUACCUUUUUAGACCUUGUAACCGAAAACUUACAAAAUCUUCAACAGGAAGUUCAAGACGAAUUGCAAAACAACGAAAAUUAAGAAUCAUAUA